AUGUCGUCUUUGACCGGCUUCCUGUCGAGGAUCAGAAGCAUCGAAGCGGAUGAGAUGAUCGAUGUGAAAGCUCUUGCUGCUAGACAUGCCACCAAGCAACGCUUUACAGCAAAAUCAUUGUUCACCCAGCCAACAGAACAGCCCAGUUAUCGGCGGAACAAGCUAAAGAUAAUAAGAGAUAAGAUGUACUCUUCCCAGUCGGAAAUAGCUGUGGCCGAUAUACCAGUUGCUAGAGGCACUUGGGAUGAGAGCCCCUUGGCGGCAGCAUCACAACGCUCAACCGACUCCAAGACUUUUGUUCACAAAACACACGUAUAUACCCCUACUGGACAGGAUCGAAACAAUGCAGCUGCCCUGGGGAAUACUGUAUCUCCACCAUACCCCCCUGUACCCGAGAAUGACUUGGUAACUAUGGCCCCCCUCUCGGUGAGUAUGCCUGAGCUACGCCGUACCAUUGACGAGGUCGUUUUCGAAAAUUAUCGACGGGAAAAUGGUCUACAAAUGCCUCUGGCAUCCAGUUCAACUUGCUCUACCCCUGAUAUCAUGAGACCUGCGCCUUCUUUAUACAGCCAGUUCUCCUUCAAAUCCAGCAUCUCUGACUUUUCCACCGGUAACUCGUCUGUCAAUCCGGUAGAAGCUAGAAUUUUCGACGAGUCGUCGGUGAAAUCAACUGAAAAGUCCCCUCCUCAGACUAUCACGAAGAAGAGCGCAAGGACCACAGAGAAUACGAAAAGGUUUACGGAAAGUAAUACGAAGCAGCAGAAGCCGCGAAACAAUAAACAGGAAUUGUGGAACAAACCUCUACCAGCAAUACCAAUGUCGGUGUCUGCUAUCAAGCUACCAAGGGAACCGACUCUGCGUGCGUCAAAUCAUGUCGCCAAUUUGAUGUCGAAAUACACGGCGUCAGCUCCUGUGUGGGCCGACUCCAAUGAAUCACCCACCGACAAGUACUUUCGCCCACAUCCCGUGGCCAACGUAAAGACGCUCCCGCAAGAGGCAUUCGAUCUGGAGUUUGAGCUAGAUAAAAUUACCGCGGAGGCCAAAAACGGCCAGAGUGGGCGGUCAUUACAAAACGAGGAACACGUAGUGGCGCCAUUGAACGUUGUUGCACGGAAGCACGUCUGGAACGUCCCGGCGCCGGCCCGUGGUCAGAGCGGCGGGUCCAGCGAUCUCCCGUCCCCGAAGCCCCACCUUGAGUCCACCAAAUCCACCAUGCAACGCCAGCGACCACUAACCCCGAAGCUUGAUCCUAAAGAGGCAAACCUCUUAGUAAGAUCAAGGAGCACUGACUCCCAAGUUGCCAAGGCGCUGGGUGUGGCCAGCGAGGGUGACGAAAAAUCUAAUAACACCAAUCCCAGCACAAUCCCAGCAAACACUUUCGUUAGGGCUGGAAUCACCCCGCAGCUACGACCAGCCGUCAUAAGUAAAUGCUCUGAGACUCCAGACAAUGUCGGUCUGUACACGCGCUCUUUUAUCGUAGAUCCACCAUCCAUACCGUCGCCUAUCGAUGAUAAAAACGAAGUGGUCGAAGACGAUAACGAGACCAUGCCGCACGGUGAUAAAAUAUUCAUAAAACUCAGCCACGUCGAAAGUGUGGUUUUGAAUUUCCAUCUUCUUCAUCCUUGUUCUUAG